AUGCUCUGGUUCUCCGGCGUCAGGGCUCUGGCUGAGCGUCCCUGCCGGCGCUCGCCCGGGAUUACCUGCUGCGUCUUGCUGCUGCUCAAUUGCUCGGGGGUCCCCAUGUCUCUGGCUUCCUCCUUCUUGACAGGUUCUGUUGCAAAAUGUGAAAAUGAAGGUGAAGUCCUCCAGAUUCCAUUUAUCACGGACAACCCUUGUAUAAUGUGUGUCUGCAUGAACAAGGAAGUGACCUGUAAGAGAGAGAAGUGCCCAGUGUUGUCCAGAGACUGUGCCUUGGCCAUCAAGCAGAGGGGAGCCUGUUGCGAGCGGUGCAAAGGUUGUACCUAUGAUGGAAGUACCUAUAACAGCUCCUUCAAAUGGCAGAAUCCUGCUGAACCCUGUGUCCUGCGCCAGUGCCAGGAAGGCGUUGUCACAGAGUCUGAGGUGCGAUGUGUCGUUCAUUGUAAAAACCCCUCCAAGCAUCUGGGAACAUGCUGCCCCACGUGUCCAGGCUGUGUGUUUGAGGGGGUGCAGUACCGAGAAGGGGAGGAAUUUCAGCCAGAAGGAGACAAGUGUACCAAGUGUUCCUGUGUUGGAGGCAGGACACAGUGCGUGAGAGAAGUCUGUCCCAUUCUCUCCUGUCCUCAGCACCUUAGCCACAUUCCCCCAGGACAGUGCUGCCCCAAAUGUUUGGGUCAAAGGAAAGUGUUUGACCUCCCAUUUGGAAGCUGCCUCUUUCGCAGUGAUGUUUAUGACAAUGGAUCCUCUUUUCUCUAUGAUAACUGCACUUCAUGUACCUGCAAGGACUCCACUGUUGUGUGUAAGAAAAAGUGCUCCCACCCUGGUGGCUGCGACAGAGGCGAGGAGGCCUGUUGUGAUGACUGCCUCCUACGAGUGCCCCAGGAAGACAUCAAAGUGUGCAAGUUUGGCAACAAGAUUUUCCGGGAUGGAGAGAUGUGGUCGUCUGUCAACUGCACCAUCUGUGCUUGUGUGAAAGGCAAGACAGAGUGUCGCAAGAAGCAGUGUGUUCCCAUCAGCAGCUGCCCCCAGGGUAAAAUUCUCAACAGGAAAGGAUGCUGUCCUAUUUGCACUGAAAAGCCCGGCGUCUGCACGGUGUUCGGAGACCCUCACUACAACACUUUUGACGGACGGACAUUUAACUUUCAGGGGACGUGUCAGUACGUGUUGACGAAAGACUGCUCCUCCCCUGCCUCGCCCUUUCAGGUGCUGGUGAAGAACGACGCUCGCAGGACCCGCUCCUUCUCCUGGACCAAGUCCGUGGACCUGGUGCUGGGCGCUGGCACCGUCAGCCUCCAGCAGCACCUGACGGUGCGCUGGAACGGCUCGCGCAUUGCGCUGCCCUGCCAUGCGCCGCAGUUCCACAUCGACCUGGACGGCUACCUCUUGAAAGUGACGACCAAAGCAGGUUUGGAAAUAUCCUGGGACGGAGACAGUUUUGUAGAAGUCAUGGCUGCCCCCCAUCUCAAGGGCAAACUCUGUGGUCUUUGUGGCAACUACAAUGGACAUAAGCGUGAUGACUUAAUUGGUGGAGAUGGAAGCUUCAAGUUUGAUGUGGAUGACUUUGCCGAGUCCUGGAGAGUGGAGUCCAAUGAGUUCUGUAACAGACCCCAGAGAAAACCAGUACCUGAACUGUGUCAAGGGACAGUGAAGGUAAAGCUUAGAGCCCAUCGAGAAUGCCAGAAACUCAAAUCCUGGGAAUUUCAGACCUGCCACUCAACUGUGGACUACACUACUUUCUACCGGUCCUGCGUGACAGACAUGUGUGAAUGUCCAGUCCAUAAAAACUGUUACUGCGAAUCAUUCCUGGCAUAUACCCGGGCCUGCCAGAGAGAGGGCAUCCGUGUCCACUGGGAGCCACAGCAGAACUGUGCAGCCACCCAGUGUAAGCAUGGGGCCGUGUAUGACACCUGUGGCCCAGGAUGUGCCAAGACCUGUGACAACUGGAAUGAGAUCGGCCCCUGCAAUAAGCCGUGCGUGGCUGGGUGUCACUGCCCAGCAAAUCUGGUCCUUCACAAAGGAAGGUGCAUCAAGCCAGUCCUCUGUCCUCAGCGGUGA